AUCCCGAGGGCAUCAGCCGUGCAGGGAGACGGCUGCGGAGGCGCCCGUCGUGGCGUGUGUCCGGCCGGCCCCGCCCAGCCCUUCCCGGCCCGGCGGCUGUGUGCGCUUCUGGUGGCCGUGACCGGAAAUGGAUCCCGAAGCCCUUAGAAAAUACUCAGCCUUACAUCCCAAGCCUGCCGGCCUGGCUCUGCAGUAUGGCACUGCUGGAUUUCGCACCAAGGCCCAGCAGCUGGAUCACGUCAUGUUCCGCAUGGGCCUGCUCGCAGUCCUCAGGUCCAAAGCCGUGGCAGCAACUAUUGGUGUCAUGGUUACAGCAUCUCACAACCCUGAGGAAGACAAUGGCAUAAAGCUGGUUGAUCCUCUUGGAGAAAUGCUGCACCCUUCCUGGGAAGAGUAUGCCACACAACUAGCAAAUGCAGAGGAGCAAGAAUUACAGGAAGUGAUAAGUGAGAUCUGCCAAAAAGCAGAAGUGAACCUGCACAAAGAUGCUUUGGUUUUUAUUGGUAGAGACACCAGGCCAAGCAGCGAGAAACUCUCCCAGUCAGUAAUAGACGGGAUUCUUGUUCUGGGUGGUCAGUACCAUGAUUAUGGUCUGGUGACAACACCACAGCUACAUUACAUGGUCUGCUGUCAAAACACCCAAGGGCUGUAUGGGAAAGCAACACUGGAAGGCUAUUAUGAAAAACUAUCCAAAGCUUUUAUGGAACUGAUAAAACAGUCUCACAGCUCUGGAGAGUGUCAGAGGCACCUGAAGAUUGACUGUGCCAAUGGAAUAGGAGCCCUGAAACUAUCAGAAAUGAAGCCCUACUUUCCACAAGAGGUGCUAAUUCACAUAUAUAAUGAUGGAACCAAGGAGAAACUCAAUCAUUUAUGUGGUGCAGAUUUUGUGAAAGUUCAUCAGAAACCACCCAGAGGGCUAGACAUGAAGCCCAAUGAGAGAUGCUGCUCCUUUGAUGGCGAUGCAGAUAGAAUUGUUUAUUACUAUAAGGAUGCAACCGGCCAUUUUCACCUAAUUGAUGGAGAUAAAAUAGCAACUUUAAUUAGUAUCUUCCUUAAAGAACUUCUUGCCAAGGUGAGACAGAACUUCAAGAUGGCCGUGGUACAAACAGCGUAUGCCAAUGGGAGUUCGACACGCUACCUCGAGGAAACACUAAAGGUACCUGUGCACUGUGUCAAAACAGGAGUGAAACACUUGCAUCACAAGGCCCAGGAGUUUGAUGUUGGUGUUUAUUUCGAGGCAAAUGGACAUGGUACAGUAUUAUUUAGUAAAUCUGCUGAAACUAAAAUAAGACAAUUGGUGAAAGAGGAGAAGGAUGAUGAAAAAAGAGAAGCAGCAAAGGUGCUUGAAAACAUGAUUGACCUGAUUAAUCAGACUGUUGGCGAUGCCAUCUCAGACAUGCUGGUUAUUGAAGCAAUCCUGGCCUUGAAAGGUCUGACUGUGCAACAGUGGGAUGCCCUCUACACUGACCUUCCCAAUCGGCUGCUCAAAGUUCAGGUUGCAGACAGGCGUGUUAUUGACACAACGGAUGCAGAUAGACGUGCGGUUACACCUCCGGGACUGCAGGAGAAAAUUGAUGCCCUUGUAAAGAAGUACAAGUUAUCACGAGCUUUUGUCCGUCCAUCAGGAACAGAGGAUGUCGUUAGAAUAUACGCUGAAGCAGACACACAGGAGAAUGCGGAUGCCCUUGCCCAUGAAGUAAGCCUGGCCGUUUACCACCUCGCUGGUGGAAAGGGAGCACCACCCCAGCCUAUAUAACGAAUGAUACAACAGCAGUUAAAUUACACAGCUUUGCUUAUCUUUUAAUAUUACUUUUUUUACCACGUGCUCUUGUGCACGUACUGAACCCUUCCUGGGAUAACAAGCAUUGAUCAGAACUGAACAGAAUAUUUUUCCAUUUAUUCUUUACCUCCUUUAGCAACUUACCUCUUAAUGAGAUGCACUUGCUGCUGAAUGUUCCCCUCCCCAAGUUUGUCUAAGUUCUUGACAGGCCAUGGCCAUGCCUAGAAGGAAAUCUGCCCCAGCCCAGCUUAAUUCAUUGUCACAUUGUGCCUGAAAUCCAGCUCCCGUACCCUCAGAGCACUGGCCAUGGCUGCAUGACUGGAGCUCUGCUGUGACUGUGCUCACAGUGGCUGCAGCACAGUGCCUGCUGCAGGAACAUCAUCCCCACCUUCCCACAGCAGCCCAGUCAUCUGUGGGCAAACAGCAUAAGGCACAGGCUGUCACUAGUCUUCAGAUUCAGUUUACCUCAGUUCGAGGGGGAAACAAUAAAAUAAAAAAGAACAUUUGCAAAUAAUAACUUAUUAUUGCAAUAUUAUCUUCAUUAGAUACUUUGUGAAAUUAAUUAGAAAGUGAUUUGCAGUAAUAGCAUUUAUAAUCACACUUAAGAGGGAAGGGACAGAGACAAGUUUGUCUUCUGUGGCCCUUACUGCUGCCCAGCACCAUGAAGGGGCUGGGUCAAGGGAUGUAGUAUUUUAAACACACAAGUGUCCUCCUCAGCUUACUUUGAUUCAGGGUGUCUACCUCUGACGUUGUUCUUGUAGUCCUGUAUUAACUCCUGACAUAAUGGCAUUUUCCAGAUUAUUAAAUAAGCACAAGUUCUAAUAGAUUUAAAAAAAAAAGACAGAAAUAAACUGGAAACAAAUUGGAAAAA